AUGAGAAAAGGUCUCCUCAACCGUUGUUUGGCAUCCUCGUCGUUUAAAUCAUGUAUAUGGAAUGGAAAGAAAGAUGGGAUUCCGAAUCAUUAUGGGAACUUGAUGGAAGCACGGUGUCAUCAUCAUGAUGGAUUAAAUAAUUAUUUUAAAAUAUUUCAUGAAUCCACUCGAGAGACUUUUAGACAUUUUUCAAUCACUCACACUGGCAACAACAAUUCUACGAAUAUAGCAUUUCAUUCGGAACAUAGAGGGCAUAUCAUUUCUCAAACAGAUUUACCAGUUUUCAAAUUUUCGAGACAACAUUUACUCAUCUCAAAAAUUAAAAGAUUUAUGAAUACGUCUAAUCUGUCAAAGAAAUGUGUUUUCUUUGUAGGACCUGAUGGUUGUGGAAAAUCACAUACCAUUGUAGAUGCAUUGAAGAAAGUGGAGGAAACAAAUCCAAAUGCAGUCUCAAUCUAUUUAGAUUUUGAAACCUAUUUUCUCAAAACAAUUCAGGAAAUGGAAUCUACUCAACUACCUAUAGAUUUUGAACAUUUUACAGAUUAUUUCGAUAACACAUGUCUCGAACAAUUGAUAAAAUGUGCUGACAAAGCAGGCGACAAAUUGCAAGUUUCUGAUGUUGAAAAGAUUCUAACAGAGAGACUCUCAAUUAAUUAUUCAUUCUUGAAGAUGAUCGAAUCAAGAGACGAUUUAAUCAAUAUAAUAAUUCAUGAUGAAGACAUGAAUCAACUCUUUCAAAAGCUAAAGAAUUCAACGAGUACGGAAGAUGUUGGAUAUGACAACAGGUUUUCACAACUUUUCCAGAAACUUUCCAUGUAUUUACCUUUUUAUGAUAGUCCUGUCAAGAACAGCCUCCGACUAGCAAUUGAUACUCUAGCAUUUGUAGAGCUUUAUUCUCGAUCAAAAAAGAGAACUGGAAUGGAAGUAUUAACUUUUUUUUUCUCAACUUUAGAAUUUAUGGCCAUCUCUCUCAAUGACAUACAUCCAAAGCUAUUCAUCAAUGGAUUGCAAUAUCUGGACGUCUUCUCCAAGUCAGUCGCUCUACUCUCACGAAAUGAUAUCCGACAAUUUCAAACUGACAUUCCAGAAGAAAUUUAUUCCAACGACGAUCGAGGAUCCAAUCUUCACGAUGCCAUUCUAUUGAGAAUGGUUGCUCUUUACGUAGAUCCCUUUAUUCCAACAUUGAUUGAAGUGAGUGGAAAUUAUUACAAUUACCAAAUGAGAGAAGAACUCAAAAUGGAUAUGGAUCAAGUGAUAUUUGUUGAACUCAUUGAAGAAAGCAUAUCUGAAGCCAAGCUUUCAUAUUCCUAUCUUUUCGAUGAAAAAAUCAAUGGAACGGAUUGUUUUGAGCAAAUUUAUGAUAUUGUUGGAGGGAAUCCCAUCAUGUUAAAAACAUUUUAUGAAAAGUACUACACUCCCUUAUAUUUAGAGUUGAAAAAUUCUUUCCACAGUGAUAUCAGAGAUGCUACAAAAGCAAAGUCAACAAAUUUGUUCACAUCCUCCUCCUCUGUAUAUCAACAAGCUAUUUUAAAUUACCUCAAUGGAGAGAAAGAGAAAUUUGAACGAAAAUUACACAUGGCCCUUCUUCUCACUGCCAGAUAUUUAGCUCUCAGAGAUUAUCAUGAGCAUACUCUAAACCGUUCUCUCCUUUCCAGAAAUACACAAACCUCAAUUCAAGAAAUUCAAGAGCUUUCCAUUUUAGAUCAACGAGUACAAUUCACACUCCAUGAUGCCAUUGAAAAAGUCUUGGCCCUCAAAGGCGUCAUUUAUCAUUUCAAUAUUGAACAAUUUGAUACAUUUAUUCCUACUGUUGGAGCCAGUGCCUUACUCAAUUCUGAACUCUUGUAUUAUCAACAUCAUGAAUCCAUGUUAAGACCCUACGAUCAAUCAUACUAUUCCUAUUUUGCUAAAACUCUUGAAGACAUGGAAGCCAGUUGGUCGUGGUGGCAACGUGUGUAUUAUCGUACCAUUUGGCAACCAUUGUUUGGAUUGAAAAACGUGAACCAAUACCUUGGAAAGCAUGGAGACCGAAAUGCAAGACAAGCCAUGAGCAGAUUUGUGAAUGCCAGUCAAUUUUAG